AUGGACUUUAUAUCAAUCUCCGCGGUAUAUUAUCAUGCUCCACGCACGGAGAAUGUCAGCACUAUCCUCUGGUCAGAGGCACCAGAGGCGAAGGGCAAUCCGCAUCAUCCUGUCCAAAAGAUUAUGGGAAUGGAUCUAGGGCAGCGAGCACAGGACAAGGUUCUUGUGCAGCGUCACAUUUCAAAUGGUCCUAUCGAAGAAAUAAAUCCAGACCAACCACUCACCGAAGAAUAG